CGUCAAAGUUCCUCGCGGGGAGUGAGACUUUUUCGUGACGUCAGCGGAGGGCCGGGUUCAGGCCCGUAGACCGAAGUCACGUGUCUGCGUUUCUCGGAGCGCUGGCGUCGCGGCACACGCUUUGAAACGCGAGUCCUCACUUUUUCUGCGCUGUUCCGGGAUCCUCGUCCCUCCGGAGAAGGAGUCGGUCCGCGCUGGACUCUUUUCGCUGCUCCCAACUGUUCGUGCGGUACUAACGUGGGCAGCGGCGUGACGUCACGGUAACGUCUGGAGGCAGUUUAACGUCCACAUGAAUCAGCAGUUGUGUGUUUUUUUUUUUUAACGCCCGCCGCGUUGGACAAAGUGCGGUAACGGGCACGUCGUUGUUUACAUAGAGGCUCAGGGAGCAGUUGACCUUCGACCCCCAGAGGAGCACAGAGGAACCUCGCCGCGGAUCCGCUUCUUGCAUCUUUAAAAAAAAACAUUAUUUUUAAUCAAAGCUGGGGGGGCGAAGUGAGUUACAAUCAGCUGUUGGUCCAUUCUGCUGCCAUAGCAACGGCCACAAAGUGCCCUGAAGGUGAGGCCUUCAGACAUCUGAGAAGACAUCAAGGAGUCGUCUCCAGAGCGUCGUUGGGUGGAACUGAAACUAAGGUGGAACCACGCAGUUCUCUUUGGAACCAUGAACGCCCCCAAAACUACCACACCGUGCACAAUUUAAAGCCCUCGCCAUGUUUGUGAUGUCUGGAGACGCUCUGAGCUCGUAGCGCCUCAGAAAGCAGGACCAUCGCCUCCUGCACCUGCAGAGCCUGAGAGCCCCGAGAUGGCCGGAAAGGACUACAACCACCUCUUCAAGCUGCUCAUCAUCGGAGACUCCAAUGUGGGGAAGAGCAGCCUCCUGCUCCGCUUCGCCGACAGCUCCUUCUCAGGAAACUACAUCACCACCAUCGGAGUGGACUUUAAGAUCCGGACCGUGGACAUCGACGGGGAGCGAGUCAAGCUGCAGAUCUGGGACACAGCGGGACAGGAGAGGUUCAGAACCAUCACCUCCACGUACUACAGGAACACGCAUGGUGUCAUCAUCGUCUAUGACGUCACUAAUCCAGAGUCCUUUGUCAACGUGAAGAGAUGGUUAAACGAGAUCUCCCAGAACUGUGACAACGUCUGCAAGAUCCUGGUGGGAAACAAGAACGACGACCCGUCCAGGAAGCAGGUGGAUACCCAGGAUGCAUUGCGCUUUGGGGAGUCGACGGGGGUCCGUGUGUUUGAGACCAGCGCCAAAGAGAACGUUAACGUGGAAGAGAUGUUCAUGGCCUUCACCCACAUGGUGCUGCGGGCCAAGAAGCAGAGCCAGAACCGAGCCGAGAGGGAGCGCGAGCGCGAGAAGGACACGGUCAACAUCAACGCCCACCGGGACCGGGACCGCCGGAAGAGAGGCAGGAAGUGCUGCUGAGGGGGGGGGGGACCCCCCAGGACCCGAGUCCGUCAGCACUGCUGAGGUUUGAUCUCACUAAAGAUCACACGGCAGAGGGCAAAGGUCACCAGGUCGUCUCUGCUGAUGAACACCAGACCAGAGAAGUCCGUCCGUUUGUGACCUUUGACCAACAUUCUAAGUUUGUCCUAACAGCUAACACCGGUUUCCAUGGUGACGCCACCAGAUGUCCAAAACCCAACGACAUCCUGGUUGAGACGUUUCAGGUUGCUGUGACCUCAGUGUUCAUGCUCUCCAGAGGAUGGACCCGCUUCGCUUUAUUCAACUUCCACUUGAGCAAUAAAUCGAGUUCUUGUGCUGCUCCCCAGAGGAGGAACCCGGUGAAGGUCUGCUCCUCGUCUGGAGCAGACCAAACAUACUUUGGAUUUAAAGGAAAGAUGGUGAAGUUGAUCAGAUUGAUAAGUGAUUGAGAGGAGGAGCCUGUGGUACGACCUUUGACCCUGAGAGCCUUUUGUGCCGGUGGUACUUUGUCUUAACGCAGUAAAGGAAUGUUGCCACUGAAAGGGAACCUGGACGCAUGAACCUUUGUGCUGCUUUAAUGUCAACAUGUUUUAAAUCACUAAUGUGCCCAAAUCCAAAUAAAGCAAUAAAUCCA